AUGAGGUCUCCCACGGCGCGGAUGGCAGACAAUGUUCACGUCUGCCUCGAUAACCUCGCAGUCGCAGCCAGACUCGUCACCCAGAGCCCGGGAAGCAGCCAGGCUAGGUUUAGGGCCUUUAGAUAUACAUUUGGUGGUGCCCUGGACACACGGGAAUAG